AUGGGGUUCAAGCAAGGGUUCAGAAGGGGUUCAGACAAGGGUUCGUUUUCAAACAGGGUUCAGAAGGUUUCAGGGGUUUCAAAGGAGUUCAGAACAAGCGGUUCAGAAGGGGUUCAAAAGGGUUCAACAAGGGUUCAGAAGGGUUCAAACAAAGGUAUUCAGAAAAGGGAUUAUAUGGGUUCAAGUUUCAGAACACGGAAGGGGUCAAACAAGGUUCAGAGGGUUCAAACAAGGGUUCAGAAGAGUUCAAACAAGGGUUCAGGAAGGGGUUCAAACAAGGGUUCAGAAGGGGUUCAAACAAGGGUUAGACAAGGUGUCAAACAAAGGUCAGAAAGGGAUUAUAUGGGGUUCAAAGCAAGGUUCAGAAGGGGUUCAGACAAGGGUUCGGAAGGGGUCAAACAAAGUUCAGAAGGGGUUCAAAACCAGGUUUCAGAAGGAGUUCAUUCAGAAGGGGUUCAGUUCAGAAAAGGGAUUAUCAAGCAAAGGGUUCAGAAGGGGUUCAGACAAGGUUCAGAAGGGGUUCAAACAAGGGUUCAGAAGGGGUUCAAACAAGGGUUCAGAAGGGGUUCAGACAAGGGUUCAGAAAGGGUUUCAAACAGGGGUUUCCACGCGUUCAAACAAGGGUUCGGAAGGCGUUCAAACAAGGGUUCGGAAAGAGUUCAGACAAGGCAUAAGAAGGGGUCAAACAAAAGUUCAGGACGGGUUCAAGCAAGGGAUCAAAAGGGGUUCAGACAAGGAUUCAGAAAGGGUUCAAACAAGGGUUCUAAAGGAAUUCAAGCAAAGCUUCCCACAAAGUCGAUUCCGGCGGUUCCAAAUAAUGAGAGCGAGAACUGA